UGUGCAUUAUAAAAGCCCUCCUAAACCCUAACACAAAACAGAGAGUAAUAUAUUUUUGGGUGCUGCGGAAGCAUUCUGAGUUUCCACAAACAUACACAUCAAAGAAACACAUUAAUAACUAAAUAAACAAAUGGCUCGCUCUCUCUCACAAGCCAAACAUCUUGUUUCUCAAUCUCUCCCCCUGUUUCAUCUUCAUCGCCGAGGUUUUGCUGCGGUAUCUGAUGUUUCGGCGAGAGUAGGCCGCGGAAAGUUGGGAAGCCUUGAAGAGACGCCCGUGUCAAAAGAUGGCCAAGAGGCCUGCUCUGCUUGGGUCCCGGAUCCGGAAACCGGAUACUACAGGCCCGUUAAUUGUGCCCCUGAAAUUGACCCGGUGGAGCUCCGACAGGUGCUACUCAAACACAAUACCAGAUCAUCCAACUAGAGCAUAGAGGAGUUGCCAGAUAUUGUUACGGUGCGAUAAUGAGAUUUGGGUUUUGCGGCGAGUUUGAGUUUUUGUUUAUGUUAACCUUUAUAAGCAACAUAUUUUGGUUCUUUUGUGUUGCUGUUUUAAAAAAAAAAAUUAUGUUUCCACUUUGUGGCAGUUUUGAUCUAUCUACAUCUAUUUAUCUCGAUAAUGGAUUGAGUGAAGAACUAAGUUAGUGAUUUGACACAUCAAAAGUUAAUUUAAUUUA